CACUACACCGAACUUUAAUGAAAACCGUUGACAGACGCUGCUUUAUUACAAAAUACUGUGUUUUUCUGAUAAAACCUUUGUGAUUUAGUAUUAUUUACAUACUAUAUUGUGAAUAUUUUUUAAAAACUAUGGAUUACGGAGUAUUUGCCAAUAAAAAUGUAAAUUCGAGAAAUCGCUCGGACAGGUUCGUGUUCCCGCGGGACUACAUCAGUGAGGUGUUCCAGCGACCACGCCACUCGCGCCCUCUGGAGCAUUGUCAAUCGAUUGGAGACCGAUUGAAGAAUUUAAAAUACACAAAUUAUGUGGACAAAACAUUAGGCGUGGCCCACAGGGACAGUCUCAAGCCCGAGGUCGAGCGCUGGCCCUGCAUACCGAGGAAGAAGACCUACUUGUCGUCCGUCCAUAGCAUACUGGACUUGCCCAGAUAUAGCGAUGCUGUUUUUCCAGAGCUAUUGGACUGGAGCAAGGAUAACAUCCUGGUGGCGGCCUUGGGCAACUACUACCACAAGUUGAGCCUCAGCAGCCAAAGCAUCGUCAGCCGCGUGUUCACGCGCCACGAGAUCCAGUGCUGCAAGUUUGACCCGCGUGGGGAACUGUUGCUUCUCGGUACAAACUUAAGGAGAGUGGAGAUCCAUAACAACGCGUGCAACAAGAAAGAGAACGAGGUGAUCUGUCCAUGCUACGUUAAGGGUCAGGAGCCCUUCAUCUGCUGCUCCGUCACCACCGUCGACUGGAGUCCCACUGGCAAUUCUUUCGUCAUUGGCUGCGCACUCGGUGUGGUGUCGUCACUAACACGCAGCGCGCGGGUGAUCGCCUGCUAUCGCACGCACCUUGGGCCCGUGCUCCUGGCACGCGUAUCGCCCGACGCGCGCUACGUGGCCGUGUGCUCCGUGAACAGAAACUGCGUGUUGCUGCUCACGUGGCCCGACCUCGUGUUCAACUCGCGUAUGGUCUCCGACUGUCUCAUCAAGACGUUCUCGUGGCACCCGUGGCGCAGCGCGUUGUUGGGUGUGGGUGCGAUGAACGUAUCUCUGUCGGCGAGUUUGGCACUAUGGAACGCGCCCACCAAGGAAGUGCGCGAGACCAGCCUGGGGCCGGCAAAGUACGGCCUCGACGCCAUGUUGUUCAGCGAGCGCACGGGCGAGCUAGUCGCCAGCCUGUGGAAUUCAGGGGAUUCAUUUUACCACAAGACAUAUUCGCAGCUGGUGGUGUUGAGCGACUCGCAGACGGUGGUGGAUCAGUGGGGCGCCGGGCUCAGCUGGAGCGACUCGGUGCGCACCAUGGUCUUCAACCCGGACGGGACCAAGCUCGCAACGGCGACCAUGGAUGAGGAUUUAAUAAUCUGGAAUUUCCUCCCAGAAGACAAGGUGAAGAAAAACACGAAACGGAAACGAUUUUCCGCAAUGGCGGUGUAUCAGGACAAGGCUGCGCAGGGCUUCUCUAUUCGAUGAAUGUUGUUUCGGAACCUUGUUUAUAUUAUAAGAUCUCAAUUUGCAUAGAUCUACCCUCAUCGAGUUUUCUAAUGAAAGGAAUAUAUUAUUUUAGUAAUUUAAUAGCACACAACCCAGCUUUUAAGUUUCAUUUGCAUCGUUGUUUGUAUUUUUUUUUAUUACUUUUUUUCAGUUUUGCAGUUUCUAACAAAAACUACUACAAAUUAAGAGUACUGAAACUUUCUUUCGAAGUUUGGGUACUUUUGUUUGUAAUGUUUUGUACUGAAUCUUUCUUUUACUUUUUAUAUGUGGAUACGGGACGGCGUUCCUAUUAAAUUUGCACAAUUCGUAAUUUUUUAAGUAAUAUUUUUUUCAUUCGAAUAAUUCGAUGAGGUGGAUGUAAUGCGCUGUACUUAAUUUAAGAAGUCACUGGAUGUUCUUCAUUUAAUAUGUCAGUAAAUAUAUUAAUUGUUUAAUCUUUAAUAUUGUUUUUAAUAUAAUAUAUCAAUAUCAGAAAACUGAUCAAAUAA